AUGGACGACACCGACGGAGGGUGGCAGACCGUCAUGCCGACCUCCCACGCUGCCAUGAAGCGUCUACCGCACGCACAGCUCGAGGAGUGCGAGCGCAAGAUACUUGUCGACUGGGAGGCCUCACGCAGCCAUUGGUCUGGCGUAGGAAAGCACCUCCCACUCGACGACUUCACCGAAGCGAAAAAACUCCACAAUCGGCUCAAACUCGCUUGCGACACACCGCUCGGGUCCGGGACCUUCGGCGUCGUUCAGAAAGUCGAGUUCCUAUGGAACAACAGGUCAAUAUGUCUGGCCCGGAAACAGGUCCGCCCGCAGAACCGCAGGCAACCCAUGUCCGAGCUACACGCCGAAGCCAGUCUUAUGGAAAAGUUGGACCAUGAACACAUCGUGAAGUUGGUGGGCACUUACUGCAUUCAGAGCAGCCUGUAUCUCCUCCUUUGGCCCGUUGCGGUUUGCAGCCUCGACAUCCUGAUCAAUGACAUCGAUAACCUGAGGACGGAUCAUGGCGAUCGAGAGGACAUUAUCCACCGGCUACAAGCGUUGGACUUGAAGGACCUGAGCGCGAUCGACGGGUCGCGCACCUCGGCUGCGGCUUCUUCCACAAGCCGUGACCACUGCCCGCUGGAAUACCUGCGCCGGAUCAUGGGGUGUAUCACACGCGCAGUAGCAUACUGCCACAACUCCAACAUCCGUCAUUUGGAUCUGAAACCGACCAAUAUCCUCCUGAACCCGGGCCGCGUUUAUCUCGCCGACUUUGGCGUAUCCAAGGACGUCCAUGGCCGAGAUAACACUAUGACGAGAGGCAUGCAGGGAACCCCGAAGUGGAGGGCCCCGGAGUUGGAGGAAGUCACAGCGGAUUGGUCCAUGAAGGCGGCCGAUGUCUACUCUCUGGGGCUGGUUCUGUUGAACAUCUUCCUCGUAGUACAUAAUGCGCCCCUCGAUGAGUUUGACGCCGUACUUGCGACUCGCGUUGAGCACGGAAGAGCUCACAAGGUACUCGCAUACCUACCUAGGGUCGAAAGUUUGGCUCUGGCCACGCAAGAAGUUGGCGACGCAGCUGCGCCAACAUUUGGGCCGAAACACAUCAUCCACCUCAUCACGAAAAUGCUUGCCAUUGACCCUGCUGAACGGCCCGUGAUCUUCGACGUUGAUUCUGAACUCACGGAGCUCGGUGGGCUCGAGCAGAUUUACCACACCCGCUGCUGCAAGCGGAGUAACCGCGUCUUGACGGACCGCGUGAACACCAAGCUCAGAAUCGUGAUAGAGGAGCGAGACCGCAUCCGCGCAGACUACAAGCAGGUCGCCAAGCGUCUGCAUACACUCGAAGCCAUGAAGGAGACAUACGAAAGCCGCUUGGUCAACGAGCGGAAAAUGCAUGCUGAAAAUAUCAUGAAAAUGCAGAUUCAGCUAGAAGCUGAGCGAAAUGCACGGAAGCUGGCCGAAGCCUCCCUCGCCGAGAUGCAACAGGGCCGGCGACAGCCCCGCCCUAAUGCUCCCCGCACGACUUCAGACCGGCCACUCAUGUAUGCCGCGCACAUCCCGACAGGCCCAGCCGCCAUGGCGAAGCGACCAGCACCAGCCAAGGCGCAAACUCACCCAGCCCCCGUGUCCCAACUGCCGCCUCCUACGACGCAAGUCCGACCGGCCAGUCCAGCACCAUCCGGCACGAACAGCCCCCGACCUCGACCCAUCAGCUAUUCCCAAGCCGCCGCAUCGGGCGUUCCGACAAGACGGGUUUCUCUUAUCCCAUCGCCGGCCCCGAGCGCCGCUCCCCCGGCCAGCCCCAACCUGGAACAAGUCGGUUACCCGCUCCGGUCUCGCAACUCCGGCUCACGACUCCCGCGCGCCAUCAACCCGGCCCGCUCAAGCACACCCUUGCUCAACCGUGAUCAGUCAUCCACCGACAGCACCCAGUACAGCAUGAGCGACUCCGUCUUCAGCCGCAUGAGCCAAUCCCGCCUCUCCGUCGCCGAGACCAGCGUCGCCGGCACGCCCAUGAGUGCCCGCAGCCCCGCCACCCCCAAUACGCGCAGAGACCACAGCCCAACAACCAUCAUCCCCCCCAGCCCUAAUUACCGCGAACCCACCACCCAAGUACCCACCUCGCCCAGCGAACCCCACGGUCUCGGCCUCGGCCUGACCGAUCGCGAGCGCCGCGAGAGUUUCACCAGCGAAACCGGAACCGGAAUCGACCCCAGCGAAAGGGCGGAAACCGAAAGCAUCCGUGACACCGCGAGCGUCCUCAGCUCCGCGGGCGCACCCCUCGAGUCUCAUCAUGAUGAUUACCGUAGUAUGCUGAGCCCUGUGCCUAGCGGCUCGGCGCUCUCCUCGCCCAGGAUGGAACAUGCCUCGCCAGAAACGGUCACGGCUGUUCGUCGGGUGCCGGCCCUGCCGUCUGCGAAGAGCUGGGCGGAUGUGGCGCGGAGACAGAGGAAUGCGGAGCAGGGGAGGAUGGAAGCUGUCCGGCCGAAACAGGUCGAGGCGAAAAUCGUCGAGGCCCAAUAG